GUCAGCGCGCUGGGCGUGGCGCUGCUGCACGGCCGGCCGCUGGCCCUCACCGUCGACCAGCACCGCCGGGUCCUGAAGGAGCUGCUGGCUCUGCUGAAGAGCGGCACCUCGGAGGUGUAUAAGCCGGCCAGCCAGGUUGUCGGCCUUAUGCUCGCAGAGGCGCUGAACAACGAGGUGGACGAGCAUCGACAGGAGGCGUUGCUGGCCCCAGCGCAGGAGACGCUGGACAAGCUGGCGCGCGACGACCGCGUCCGCUGGGUCAUCUGCCUGGCGGGCCUGUCGCCACACUGUCGGCCGCUGGCGCUCAGCCAACGCAGCCGUCUGGUGUACGCGCUGCCAGGCCUGUACGGCGAACAGAAGGCGACCGGCCUCCAGGUGCUGCUCGACGUCAUCGACGACACAGAGGACGUGUUCGGCGUGCUGCACAAGCGGAUAGAGCUGGAGAAGCUGGCCGAGAGCAGAGACACUGCUGUGCAGUUUUGGUCGCUGAAGAUCCUGGUUCGUGUCGAGCCCAGGCUCUCGGCUCAAGAGUGGUGUGUCUUCCUGCCAUCUCUCCGCAGUGCCGUCAGCGUUCGAGACUCCAAGAGCCGCAAGGUGGCCGCAGAGCUGUGCAUUGCACUCCGACAGCGGUUCAGGUCGGACAGCUCGGAGCCGGGCCGCGCCGUGGUCGAGUUCGUCACCGAUGCGCUGCUUGAGCUGCUCACAGACCCGGACCCAGUGAUCCGACAGACGGCUGCCAACCACUGGUCGGACGGCGUCGACCUGGAGGACACGACGCCCGGCCGGCUGGGUCUGGUGCUGACCGGCAUGUUCCGACCGGGCUUGGAGGCGGCCUACCUCAGCUACUCCACCUAUCUGGUGCUCGGCCUGGCUGCUCGCAGUCCGGACUACUCGCGCAAGAUGUUCGACAGGGCGCUGCCGGAGUGCCAGUUUAAGGAGCAGCCGAUGGAGACGUCGUGGCGGCUGCAGAGUGCGGCGGCCGUGCCGCUCUUCUCGCUGACGCAGACAGCGUCCGGCAGCGUCGCGCCCGCCUUGCUGCUCCAGGCCACGCAGCGCACCCCGGCCUUCGCGCCCACACAGCUGGCCGGCCCCGGGGAGGCGACAUUCGACUGGCUGACCCAGGCGAGCCUGGGCUCCUCGGCCGACUCCGGCUCGCUGGUGGCCUCGCGCCGUGGCCGCGCUGGUGCCGGACGGCUUACCUACACGGACGACAAGGCCGACGACCGGGCUGGCGGCGGUGACGCGGCCGACGAGCGGAUGGCGCGGAUGCUGCGCCACCGGGUGGAGGUGGACGCGCGCCGCGUGUCGGUGGAGCUGCUGCGGCGGUACCGGCACGGCGAGCUGCCAGACACAGAGAUCCCCUACUCGGACCUCUUACGGCCCCUGCAGGCCCUGGCCAUGGCAGAGGCGCGCGGUGACCUGCAGGACGCCCAGCGCAGCUACAAGGCCGCGGUGCGCGGCGGCGGCGACGAGCUCUGUCAGCAGUCGUACUUCCAGGUGCGCCCGACGGUGGGACGGCGGGGGAGGGGAGGAGAGGCACUUUUCACGUCCGACCAGGGCUGGUGGAGUCCGGCAGUGGGUCACGCUGUGCUGUGA